GAGUUUUGUUUCGUGAUCGUGAAAGGCCCUUGGAGGCUUGGAGCAGGUGUAGAUGAUGUUCCUAACUAUGUGAUCGAGGCUACCGUGAUGGGAUCAACGAUCGAUGGCCGCUCGAAUUACACCACCUUCCCCAUCUAGCCAUCUUGGCCACUCCUCCAUUCACUAGCAAAGCGACUCAGUCGGUGGUGAGUGGGUCGGUGUUGGCAUGCGAUGCUGAAGCAGUAAUUUUUGGAUUCAGAUUUAAAGAAAGCAAUGACCCUCGUUGUCGUCUACAAUCCCGUCUGCGGUGAUCGGACUGCGGAGAAAUUCUUCAACGAAGAGGUCCUGCCUCGUCUCAAAGAGCAGGGCAAGAUUCCAGAUAAAGUCAUUGCGACUACACAUCCGAAUCAUGCAGGAGAGACUAUUGUGGAGUUGUUAAAGCAAACCACAGAGUCUUUGACUGUGAUUCUUGGCUCUGGUGACGGUACCCUGCAUGAGAUAGCCACUUCCCUUCAUCAUUCUCUUGACAGACAAGUACAAAGUCAAGUUGCGAUUGUCCUUGUUCCUUGCGGCACAGCCAACGCGCUAUACUCUUCACUAUUUCCUUCUCAGUCAGAUGACCCAAGUUACAGACUGAAGUCUCUCAAUCUGUAUCUCUCACCAUCUCCCACCUCUAUUGUCUUAUCAUCCGCGACAACAGUUGUCCAUCCCUCGCAACCCGGCGGAGAUACUCGAUCAUCCGUAGCUAUAGUGGUAGCCUCUACCGCUCUUCAUGCAGCUAUAUUGCAUGACUCUGAAGCACUACGAUCAUCUCAUCCCGGGAUCGAGCGUUUCAAGAUUGCUGCUCAGCAGAACAUCACCCGUUGGUAUCACGCUCGUGUAAAACUCGUACCGUCACAUGAACAUGAGAGUGUCGAACUCUACGAUGUAUCUCGCCGAAGCUUUAUCGCUGUCACUGAAGAAGGGUCAAUUGAGUUAGAGGGUCCAUUUACAUAUUUCUUAUCGACAGUGAAUGUGGACCGUCUAGAGUCUUUGUUUCGUAUCGCUCCAUUACAUGCGACUUUGCCUUCCCGAACGCCCGCACUCGAUAUCGUUAUCGUUCGACCUUUGCGCAACCCAACCAUUAAUGACGACUCGGAGGGAAGCAGGUUGCGGUUUGCUGAGCAGGGUGGCAUUGUGCUGGGAGGAGCCUACAGGGAUGGUGCGCAUGUGAACAUGAUCUAUGGUUCAGAUGGGUCGGUAGGGUCUGAGGAAAAUUCCGGUCAGUCCGUGGUAGAGUACUAUAGGUGUGGAGGGUGGGAGUGGAUACCGGAUCGGGACGAUGAACAUGCACGUUUCGUAUGUGUUGAUGGCGAGAUCUUCAAUAUCGAGGCGGGUGGUAAGGCCACUACAUCAAUUUCGGGAAAUAUACACGGAACUCAGUUGUCUAUAUUCGCAUGAGCCGUGAUGUUUUUUUCAGAACAUAAUUCUUGAUAGAAGAUUAGGAAGAAGUGAGAACUCGUGCAAGUGAAGUUGGAUAUCUAGAUGAAGCCCUGUACGGUAUAGAAUAUACAUGUGUUAUGUAGUUGUGGUCGGAUUAAGCGGUCACGUUCUGACUAAGCUCGCCAGCGAAUAGCUCCUCCACGA